AUGUCUGGCAAAGAAACGCAGGUAUUUUCUGGCUUGAAUGAGGAUGUUCGGUUGGGGGAUUUGGGGUAUGAGCAGGAGCUCAAGCGUUCAUUCGGCCUCCUAGGUAUGGUCGGGUUCAGCUUCAGUGUUGUGACAUCAUGGACAGCACUAUGCGGAGUCUUCAUCGUCGGUAUCACCUCCGGCGGUCCUCCCGUCAUGGUAUUCAGUUUCCUCGCUGUUAGCAUCGUCACCCUCGCCGUCGCGAUUCCCAUGGCCGAAAUGUGUUCAAUGUAUCCUGUUGCCGGAGGACAAUACUCUUGGGUUGCUGCGUUAGCACCUCCUAGUAUCGCGCGAGGACUGUCCUAUGUGAGCGGAUGGUUCAUGCUUAUUGGCGUCCUGGCAAUGGGCGCAACAAACAACUCCAUCGCCGCAAACUUCAUCCUCGGCAUGGCCAACCUCGUCUUCCCCACCUAUACAAUCGAACGCUGGCAAACAGUCCUAGUCGCCUACCUCGUCGCCAUGCUCGGCACAGCCGUCAACCUCUACGGCGCGCACCUCCUCAACCGCAUCUCGCGCUUCAUCCUAAUCUGGAACGUCGGCUCGUUCCUAAUAACCAUGAUCGUCCUCCUCGCGACAAACGAUAACAAACAGCCCGCUUCGUUUGUUUUUCAGGAAUUUCAGAACUUUUCCGGAUGGGGCUCGUCGAUGGCUGCGAUUGUGGGUAUUUUGCAGGCUUGUUUUGGAAUGUGUUGCUAUGAUGCGCCGUCGCAUAUGACCGAGGAGAUGAAGUCUGCGUCGAAGGAGGCGCCGAAGGCUAUUAUUCUUUCUGUUAUUUUGGGGGCUGUUACGGGUUUUGCCUUCUUGCUCACACUAUGCUUCUGUAUUGGCGAUAUUAACGAAACUGCGAACACGACUACCGGUGUUCCGGUUAUUCAGAUCAUUUAUGAUUCUACGAAGAGCAAAGCGGGUACUUGUGUGCUUGCUAGCAUGAUCUCUGUGAUUGUCAUCGUGGCAGGAAAUAACCUCAUAGCCGAGGGUUCGCGGUCUAUCUAUGCAUUCGCCCGCGAUAACGGUCUUCCGUUCUCUGGUUUCCUCUCUCGUGUAUCAACGAAGAGACAGGUUCCUGUGAAUGCCGUCCUGGUCACAUUGGCCGUGCAAUUGGCCCUUGAUGCGAUUGAUUUCGGUACAACAACAGGCUUCGAAACAGUCAUCGCCAUCGCCACCGAAGGCUUCUGUCUACUAUUUCUGCUCUUCGCGGCGAUUACAUUCAACUUCCCCACUACGUAUCCCGUCUCGCAUGAGUCGAUGAAUUAUACUUCUGCUGCGAUUGGGGUUAUUGCAGUUAUUGCGGGAGGUACGUGGUGCACGACGGGGAGGAGAAGGUUUGCUGGGCCGGAUGUGGGUUUUAGUUGA